CACUUAAUAUAACAAUAAUUAACUAUGUAAUUAUAACAAACAAUAUCGAAACCUAUAUUAUACACGAAGGAACGCGCUCCAUAGGCAAACAUAGCCCGGUGGUGACGUCAUCGACUCCCGCGCACCGUCGCCCGCGCCUCGCGAACUACAGCUACCGGCCACCGAGUACAGUUAGAAGAAUACGAACGUCUCGAGACGGACACCUUGUCCCCACGAGAGUUAAAACUCAGAGUGUUUUUGUUUAUAUUAUUCAGUUGUUGUUGUGGACGUAUUGAGCAAUGUGGCCUGCGUGUGCGAGAUAGAUUGCAGGCUGGAUCGCAAGACAGGCCAGACAGGCAAGACUAAGCGCUUUCACUUUUGAUUACAAGGAUAACAUAUCGGCCGCAGGUGUCAUGUCAUCCAGUCCUGACCUACAGUUGCCUCCAGGCGUCGUAGAACUCCGUGAAGACGUCCCACUGAAAGCGGGUAGCGGCUCCACCAGCACGCGGCUCUGCGCGGGCGGUCCGCGGCUCAUUCUCGCAGCUUUCGCCACGCUCACCGCCGCCAUCACACUAGCGCUGCUCACGCAAAUCUACUACGGAGACUACGAGGUGGUGCCGCACGGCUCCGUGUCGUCGUCGGCCGCGCCGUGUUCGCGCGCGGGCACGGCGGCGCUGCGGGCGGGCGGGCGCGCGUUGGACGCCGCAGCAGCCGCCGCCCUUUGCCUCGCUGUACUUGCGCCGCAUCGUACGUCGUUGGACGCGAGCGGGUCUUUGGUAUACUGGGAGUACAGGUCGUCGCGGACUCAGCUGCCGACAGUGGUGGAGUGGGGCGGCGAAGACGCGGCAUCGGGAAAACAACUUACGUCGAGACCUCCGCGGCUGCUGGUCGCUCUGGCUGCUCUGCACGCGAAGCUCGGGGUGCUGUCCUGGUCACAGGCUUUACAACCGGCAAUUGAUCUCGCAAGGGAGGGUUUUCUAGUGUCCGAGAGCCUUGCUUUGGAAGCAGAAUCUCGGGGUAUAACCGGAUACACGUCCACUGCACAUCGCACUGAACCAGCUCUAGCUGAUUACUUGGAAUCUCUACAAUCGAAUACUACCGCAGAGCUAUGCGCGGCGUGGUCCUGCGACGGCGCGGUCCGCUGGCGGGACGACGCGGCCGCCGUGUCGGUGGGCUCGUGGCGCGCGUGGGCGGCGGGGGCGGGGGGCGCCCUGGCCGCGGAGGCGCUGCAUGCUGCCUUCGGCAUAGACUCUUUACAGAUCACUCCAAGCAAUGUUCUAAAAGGGGUGGUAGACAGCCUGAGGACACAAUGGCAAACGGCGGGCGCGCAAGCGCCGGUCGGCGUUGCUUCAGGCUUAGCCGUUGUCGACGCGCGCGACACGUAUGCCGCGCUGGUCACAGGUCUUUCAAUGCCUUUCGGGUCGGACGCUGGUUCGGCCGAAAGUGAAACCGGCACACCCUGGACGCGCGAUGAACCGACCGCCCCUCUCGACCUCGCGCCGGCUAUCGUCGUCGACCAGCAUGUGUGCGGCACACGGUACGUGAUGGGAGCGGAGUCCGGCGCUGCGCUAGCGGAGGGCGCAGCGAGCGCGCUGAGCGGCGGCGGCGCGGGUGCGGCGGGCGCGGCGGGCGCGGUGGACGCGGUGGAGGGCGCACGAGUGGUCGUGCUGCCCGGGGGGGCGCUAGCGCUGGAGCGCGGACACUCACCGCCCGAUCUCCCCGACCUGGCGACCCUCCCGACGCUCAACGCCUCUAUACCUCUUCCCGCACUGAACUUUGUACAGCAGCGCGGGGACGCUCUCCUCUCGCACGCCGACAGCCGCGGCGGCGGAGUCGCGUCGCGUUUCUAAUAUUUACAUUAUUUGUUAAAUUUGUUGUUAAUAAAUUAUUGCACUUUUUA